GGGCGCCGCCGCCUCCUCCUCCAUGGCUGUUUACCCGGCUGCAUUGUGGGAGUUUGACCUCCGCCGCCGCCGCCGCCGCCGCCAACCGCCGCCUCAGCCUGCGCCGCCGCCGCCGCCGCGCACGCCAUGGGAGCCGUGACGGACGAUGAAGUCAUACGGAAGCGACUCUUAAUUGAUGGAGAUGGCGCUGGUGAUGAUCGGAGGAUUAAUUUGCUAGUGAAAAGUUUCAUUAAGUGGUGCAACUCUGGAUCCCAAGAAGAGGGAUAUAGCCAGUACCAACGUAUGCUUAGCACCCUGUCUCAAUGUGAAUUUUCAAUGGGCAAAACUCUGCUGGUAUAUGAUAUGAAUCUCAGAGAAAUGGAAAAUUAUGAAAAAAUUUACAAAGAAAUAGAGAGUAGCAUUGCUGGAGCACAUGAAAAAAUUGCUGAGUGCAAAAAGCAGAUUCUUCAAGCAAAACGAAUACGAAAAAAUCGCCAAGAAUAUGAUGCUUUGGCAAAAGUGAUUCAACAUCAUCCAGAUAGACAUGAGACAUUAAAGGAGCUAGAAAUUCUGGGAAAAGAAUUAGAACAUCUUUCACAUAUUAAAGAAAAUAUUGAAGAUAAGCUGGAUUUGAGACGGAAGCAAUUUUAUGUUCUUCUUAACACUAUUCAUGAACUUCAGCAAACACUGGAAAAUGAUGAAAAGUUCUGCGAGAUAGAAGCAGGCACCAAAACAGACCCUAAGCCCUAGAUAGGCUAUAGCUCACCAUUCCCAAUGAAAUUAUAGCAACUACAUGGUCUUGGUGUGUUCAGAAUUUGUAAUGCUCUUUGAGGCAGGUUAAGUUUUGGCAGUGAAAUACUGUAUUUUUCAAUAUUGAUGCACAGUUCAUUCAGCUUUCUUCACACAGAAACUAACUGUAAUGUACAUUUGUUUUAUUGAAAUUUUUUAUUCUUUAAAAAUAGGAAAUAACACCUAAAAUGUUUAAUAAAACGUUUUCAAGCUGA